AUGACUAAACCGUUCAAACUUCGACUCCAUCUUCCCUCUUUCCAACUUUGUCGUUCCAGAAAGUCUUCUACCAAUUCGGCAAAUAGCCCUUCGCCGGUGACUCGUGCAUUUACUUCUACGACUCCCAAAGCGUUUGACAUUGCGUACCCGUCACCAGCACCGCCACCAUCCACACCAAUUCACCUCUUCUGCAAGCGCAACAUUUCGUCCAAAAUCCUACCAAUUGGCUUGGAAACUAUAGAGCCACUGCCAUGUACCAACACCCAUGCUGAAUCUUCAUGCAACGUGGAAUCACCUGGUUACAGGCACAACAACAGUUUGCAGAAACUGUACAAUUCUCCAGAGGCUUCGGAUGAGUUUGACCAGAGUGCGUGGCCCUUUGCUUCUUUUAAUGCAGAAAACAGUAACAACGAGGGAAACCACCGGGUAAAGGAUCAAUCAGCUGCAACCAGUUUUAGUGUGAGCAUUUCAUCAGCUGAUAGUGGUUGGUUCAGUAGUGAAGAGGGCGAUGAUCCUAAUGAUGAAAGUGAGGGCCUACUUUCAACUUGUUCAAGCUUGGAAUCUUCUUGUGAUUUUGGUCAUCCAGUGAAAACCCCGAGCACUCGGAAGCCCAUAAAUGGAAAUGUAACAAGAAAGAGCAAGAAAAAUGGGAAAGUAAGGAAGUUGAAACGUUAUGUUUCAAAUAGUUGGAAAGACGGUGAGAAAAUAAAACUGGCAACAACAUCAACAAUGCCGCCGCUGGAAAGUGAUUCAUCUGCAACGAAGACGGUUUUGGGGCGGCUACUUCCUUGCGGGGUGGAUGGAAAGGUGAACGAGAGCUACGCAAUUGUGAAGAAAUCGGCAGAUCCAUUUGAUGAUUUUAAGAUGUCAAUGUUGGAAAUGAUACUAGAGAAAGAAAUGUCUGAACCCGAGGAAUUGGAGAAAUUGUUAAUGUGUUUUUUGUCACUGAAUUCAAAGGAACAUCAUGGGGUUAUUGUGGCAGCUUUCACUGAGGUGUGGGAGGAAUUAUUUUCUUCCGAUUCCAAGCCUUAAAAUUCUUCAGGUUGAAAAGGUGGAGAGAUCGACAGUUCAUCAGCUCUACUUUUGACUUCCCUCAUUACAAUAUACAUAUUAUCUCUGUAUAA